GUUAUCAAGGCGUACUGGAGAUAUCAUCGGCCCGAGGCUUCCAGUUGGAUGCAGCUCGUCCCUUCCAAAACGCAUCGCACCGGAGGAUUACGAAACUAUGCUUCGCCUCCAAUGCCGCUGCCUCUUCUAUUUCGAUGUUCGAUUCUACACCGGAGAUAUCCUCAGGUGCUCCCUCAAAGCAAUCACACCGUCCAUUGAAGAAAGCAUAAAAGCUUGGAACGACAGCGAGGUGCAAGGGCAUUUAGAGAACUGGUUCCAACAGAGCGGCAAGAGAAGCCCUGAAGUCACAAAAAUCGUCUGCUUCGGAGCUGGCAACAUCGUCUCGCAACAGUCUCCAAAAGCUAAGCCCAAGCUUCGUCAAAGAGCCCUUAUGCAGCACCUGGCGGCCUGCACCAUUGCUACAGCCUUAGGAAAAGCGCAAGCUAGUAAUCAUCAGAAUCCCAACAAAAUCAAGAUCUAUGCCCAGGAUCCGGAGUACACGCUCACCUGCGACGAGGUUCUGGCACAUCUGGAUCCUCCUAUCGAGGUUGUGGACCUCACGACCGUCGACGGCAUGAAACUCAUUGAUAGGAACACGUUCGUUCUUACGGAUUACUCUUGCUCUCCCAUAGUCGAAGCUGCAAUCGAUCUCGCACCUCCCGCCGGUAUUUUAGGUCCCGAGAUGACGGUCAAUCCCGAGAGUGUUUGGGUGCGAGACAGACCAGCGGAGGAAAAUUGGAGCGGGGACGCUACCCUGGGUGGGCUUCUGAUCGAGAGUUCCAGUACCGCGGAGCCUGCCACCUAUUGAAUGUCGAACAUCCUGUCUGGUUUGGCUUCAAGAGAGAGCCCUUGCGCUUGAAGACGAGAUCGGUCUGGGCACCGGGUAACGCCGAGGAUUCAUUUGACGACGAUGAUGGGUCGAUGGUUCCUACUGUGCUUAUGCUGAGGAAAGAGUAGAAAUCGGUGUAUUUAAUGUACCAAAUGGUCCUGGUCCUCCUAGCUAUGGCACUUUAAUACAUCUUCUGGA